AUGGAGCAGCUCAAGAAUAUCGUUGUUAUCGGUGCCGGUGUAAUUGGUUUGACCACCGCGUUGAAUAUCCAAGAAAAGGGGGGAUAUGCGGUGACCAUUGUAGCUGAAAUCUUACCAUCAGAUCCCAAGACAAUCAAGUACACAAGUCUUUGGGCGGGGGCUCAUCAUGUCAGCCACGCAGAGAAUGACCCACGGCAGUUUAAGCUCGACUCGGAUACGUUCAAGGUUAUGUGGGAGCUCUCUGCUCCAGGAGGGGCAGCAGAAGCUUGCUUCUUGCGAAUACCACAGAUUGAGUACUAUGGCCAGAAGUCUGACCUAGAUUCUCAUCAUCUAUCGUGGAUGCCAGACUUCAAGACUUUGCCGGAAGACUCGCUGGUGCCUGACACUCUAAGCGGGGUGUCUUUUAACACGUUUACUAUCGACACACCAGUGUAUCUCAACUACCUGCUGUCACGUUUCCUUUCUAAAGGUGGUGCCAUUGUCCGCGGAGCUGUCCAGGAUAUUGUUCAGAUCGUGGAAGGCGGGGCGAGCAUCUUCACUGGAAACAAGAUGCCCACACCGCCUGAUGCUGUAAUCAUCUGCGCCGGUCUGGGGGCUCGGUUUCUGGUGGGAAUUGAAGACAAGGACUGCUACCCGAUCCGAGGGCAGAUCCUAUUGGUUAGGGCGCCAUGGAUCAGGUUUGGUAGGACAAUCAGCACGAAAGAAGGGCUUUGGACAUAUAUUAUACCGAGAAGAAGUGGUGAUGUCAUUGUAGGUGGUACGAAGAUCGAUAAUGAUUGGUACCCCAAUCCACGGCCUGAAACCUCUGAAGACGUUCUUGAGCGUGCGUUUGCAUUGUGCCCGGAGCUCGCACCUCCAGAGAUCCGCGCACAACGGGUACCCACAAUUGACGAUGUCCGGCCCAUCAUCAUUUCAGAGGGGUGCGGUCUAAGACCAGGAAGGAAGGGAGGCGUACGGCUUGACGUUCGAUGGACAGAGAACAAGGGAAAGAAAGUUCCUCUUGUCAACAAUUAUGGACACGGUGGCCAGGGAUUCCAAUCGUCGUGGGGUUCUGCGUUUGCUGCUACGGAGCUUCUAGAAAAUGCACUGAAGGAGAUCUAAGAUAUCAAAGUACAUUGAUUGUGUAAGUAUAAAGAGUCAGAAAACCUAUAAGGAAAAGAAUUCGAAAUCGGUUUGAACGGAUGAUGCCGCGGCCGGGACUUGGCUUUUUUUAG